AUGGUUGACUGGAUGGAAUGUCCCAUGGACUCCGUCAAUGCCAAAGUGCCAGCUCAGUUCACCCAGAGGCCUGCCUGCUUUGUAGGAAGGCUGGAAAAGACUCAUCACCCUGGAAAUAUGUUUAUUCAUUCAGAUGGAGAAGGAAAAAAUGGAACCAUUGUGCUGAUGGAGUCACUUGAUGAAGAAAUUUCUGGAACAGUGGAAGUAAUUGGCAGGGUAACAGCAAAAGCAAGCAUCAUGUAUGCAUCUUACAUCCAAUUUGAACAAAAUAAUUAUCCUUUUGAUCUUGGACUUUAUAAUGAAGCUGGGAAAAUUACCCAUGAGUUUCCUCAGUAUUUUCCUUUAGUGGUUGCACAUCAUGAUCGAUCGUAA